GUCAGUCGUUAUUGCCCUAACGUUUGGGCCACGUGCCUUCACCGGUCCAGCUUACCAGUUCAUCAGAUUCAAGUACAAUGUUCUUAUUAAUAGUCACCGCUGUCGUGUUAUUUUUCACUUAUAUAAUUAACCAAAUCAGACGGCCACCACAUUUUCCACCAGGACCUUCUUGGCUACCAUUUGUAGGCAAUUUACCCGAACUAAAAAAGUUAUCCAAAGAAUUGGGUGGACAGCAUUUUGCAUUGUCUGAAUUGGCGAAACGAAAUAAAACAAAUGUAUUGGGUUUAAAACUCGGCAAAGACUAUGUGGUAACUGUUUUUUCGUAUUCCGUAUGUAAAGCUGUUUUAUUGGGAGAAGAAUAUGAAGGAAGGCCAGAUAACUUCUUUAUACGACUUAGAACUAUGGGCACAAGAAGGGGAGUAACUUGUACAGACGGUCUUUUCUGGAAAACCCAAAGGGCUUUCGUGAUGUCUCAUUUAAAAACGUUGGGAUAUGGCAAGAAACCGAUGGACAAGAUGAUUAAAGAAGAAAUAUCUGAAAUUUUAUGCAUCCUUGAAGACAGUAAAUUGGACGUACAAGUUGGCAAAUUAUUGGCACCAGCUGUAUUGAAUAUUUUGUGGGCGUUAACGACAGGCUCCAGAUUUUCUCGAAAAGAUCCGAGACUUAAUAAACUAUUGGACCUUCUAAGUGUUAGGUCGAAAGCUUUUGACAUGUCCGGAGGAACAUUAACUCAACAUCCCUGGCUCCGAUUUAUAGCUCCAGAGAAAACCGGUUACAACUUGGUUAACCGGUUAAAUGUUGAGCUUAGAGGAUUGUUAAUGGAAACAAUCAAUGAACAUUACAAAAAUUACACCGACGGUAGAGAAGACGACCUAAUUUACUCUUAUAUCACUCAAAUGAAAAAGGAAAAUGCCAAUUCAACAUUUACAGAUGAGCAACUAGUUAUGAUUUGUCUUGAUAUUUUUAUUGCCGGCUCUCAAACUACCAGUAAUACUUUAGAUUUUGCCUUAAUGGCUAUGAUAUUGUAUCCUGAUGUGCAAAAGAAAGUUCACGCUCAUAUUGAUCAUUAUAUUUUAAAAGAUGAUGAACUAGAAUAUACUGAUAGAAACAAGUUGCCUUACGUUGAAGCUGUGUUGAUGGAAGUGCAAAGAUACUUUCACGUAGUUCCUAUAAGCGGACCCCGAAGAGUUAUGAAAGAUACUACCUUGGAAGGAUACAGCAUUCCAAAGGAAACAACGAUAUUAAUUAGUCAAUACUCAGUUCAUAAUGACAAAGAAUUUUGGGGCGAUCCAGAAGUUUUCAGACCAGAGAGAUUUUUGGACGAAAGUGGUUCCCUAAAAUCAUGUGACAGAAUUAUUCCAUUUGGAUUAGGCAAAAGAAGAUGUUUGGGUGAAACUCUGGCAAGAAACUGUAUAUUUCUAUUUUUCACUGAAAUAUUAAGAAAAUACGAAAUCUCUAUUGUCCCAGGUACGAAAGUGCCCACAGGUAUUCCAGUACCCGGAUUAACUUCAUCACCAGAAAAGUACAACGCUCUCUUCACACGUCUGUAACUUACCGCAGUCUAAAGAAUUAUAAAUUAUCUGUGAUCAGAUAUCAUUUUUCAUAGAAUGUUCUCAAGUAGUGUGUUAUAUAAUAGUAAUAAAGACUUAGUUAGUAACA